GAGCUGGCAGCUGCGAAGCCUGAGGAGUUAGAUUGGCUACAUUGUAUCGUGUCAGGUCUCAACUUUCACUACGCUCGCAGUUGGGUCCAUGCGCCUCACGGCCCUCCAAGCGCCACUCAGCGCAAGGCCCUCGAUAAUCUUCUCUAUGAGGUCAGAGUCUUUCGUGAGCAGUGCGCUGGCCUGAUCCCUGACAUCGACUGGGGCGCCGACCUUUGCUCCGCCGCCACCUCCUACGACGGCGAGGAGGUGUUCCCUGCCGAGCCCCUUGACCGUGAUCGUUUGCUCGAAGCCCUGCCUCCUCGAGAGGCGUGCGCUGCCGUGAAGGCCGUUGAUGUGACAGAGGGUUGGAUCAGAGCUGCCCUCUCCGAUCCAGGUCUGAUCCUGAAGGACGAGUCGGAGCUUGGCAGCUUGCCCCCCACUCCGAAGGUCUGGGCCUCGAACGAGGAAUGGGAGCUUAUCGCUGGCGACCUACUCGAGAGGGGGAUUCUCAAGACGAUUGAGUACGAGGACAUCGUGGAGGUUCAAGGGCGAAAGUUGAUGGGGGGCAUGUUCGGCGUGAAGAAGGGAUCCCACUUGAAGGGCGAGGGGCCGCAGCGGCUGGUGAUGAACAUCAUCCCCUCCAACUUCAUCCAGAAUACGAUCGAGGGCGACAUGCCGAUGCUGCCCCACAGCGACAAGCGGAAGAGCGUGAUCCUCAGGUCUGGAGAGGUGAUGCUCUGGAGUGCGGAGGAUCUAAAGUGCUGCUUCUACGUGUACAGCCUCGGUGGCUCUCACAUCUCAGGAGUGGCUCCUGUCCGUGGUGAGGUCGGCCGCACUUAUGAUGACGACAAGCGGGCGAUCUACAUCGGGCGCGGCUCCAGCCCACUACAGCUUGCUCCAUCGAAGUGGGGCAACCCGUUCCGCAUUCGGGAUGGUUUGGACAGGAGGCGGGCCAUCGAGCUAUUCGCAGAGCACCUGGAGAAGUCGCCCGACCUUCUGGCCGACUUAUCUUCUCUGAGUGGUGUUCGGCUGCUUUGCCACUGCAAGGAGCACCAGGCCUGCCACGGCGAUGUUCUGAUCGCGAAGUGGUUGGAGCGCUUCAACACGCCAGCCCUCUGGAGGGCCUGGCAGGUGUACAUCGACAACUUGGACGUGCUUGAGAUCACCGACUGGUGGCACGCCAAGUCCCUGCAGGAGGAGGGGAUGAGCGAGGCGGUCGAUCUGGCCCGUCGGAGGUAUGAGCACUUCAACGUGCCAAGAAGCGAGAACAAGGCCGUCAUCCGCGAGACCACGACGCAGUCCCUCGGGGAGGCGAUCGAUGGGGAGCGCGGCACCAUCGGGCCGCCCGCAGAGUUCGUGCGACGGCUGAUCUCCCUCACCUUGGCGACUCUGCAAAGGCCCACAGUGACUCAGAAGUGGAUGCAGAUCCUGGCGGGCCGAUGGGUUCGGCGCCUCCUGUUCAGGCGCGAGGCGACGAUGUGCUUCACUCACUUGUGGCGAUUUUUGGUGAAGUUGCGUGGUGAUGCGAAGGUGCCGCGUAAGGUACGCGAGGAGCUGGUGUCGGCCUUAACGUUGCUCCCUUUACUUCGCUGUGACCUGCGCGUGCCGAUCAGCGGGCUGGUGACGGUCUCGGAGGCCAGCAUGCAGCGUGGAGCCGUGUGUCGAGCUGUUCGCAUUCGGCCUGAUGGAGUGGCCGCUGCGAGAGCGGCCAGCCGAAGGCUGGUGACUGACUUCCGCGACGAGGUGGUGCUCCUGUCCUUGUUCGACGGCAUUGGUGGGGCUCGCCGCGCCCUGGACCUGUUGGGGCUCACUCCCGCGCUGUUCGUGUCCGCCGAGAUCGACGCCGAGGCGAAGCGAGUGACCAAGUAUGCAUGGCCGGACGUGCUGGAAGUCGGCGACGUCUGCUCCUCUGGGUUCGCCGAGGCGGUGGCCAUCCGUGAACGAGUUCCGCAUGUGAAAUGGAUACUAGUGGUGGCCGGUAGCCCUUGCAGCGACCUGUCCCGCAUCAACGCUGAGCGCACUGGCCUUCAAGGGAGACGGUCACGUCUGUUCUACGAGAUAAGCCGCAUUGUGUCUCUUCUGCGCGAGGCGCUGGGUGAUUUCUGCACGGUGCUGUCCCUGGUUGAGAACGCGGCCUCAAUGGACUCGGAACCGCGACGGUUGAUGUCACAUUCCCUGGAAUGCGAACCUGUGUGCAUCUCAGCGGGUGAUGUCACACACUGCCAGCGUGAUCGCUUGCAUUGGAUCAAGGAGGAGCUGUUGACGCCAUGGCAGGGCGAGUCGUUUGUCAUGGACUCGGCGAAGCACGUCGUGAUCCCGGACGGGCCCGGUCCAGUUGAACGCUGGCUGGCCGCUGGGCUUCAGUGGCAGUGUGACGUUCAGGAGGACUUCCGCCUGCCCACCUUCCUGCGCUGUGUUCCUCGUCGUGCUCCAGGUCAAUUCCCGUCAGGUCUCGACAAGUGUGCAAGUCAUGAAGUCGAGCGUUGGCGCAGGUUCAACUACUGCUACGCGCCCUACCAGUUCCAGGACAUCAACUGCAUCGAGGAGCCUGACGGCAGCCGAAGCUUUCAGUGUGUGGUUGUCGCCUGGGUGCUGGCCCACUGGGCUCAGAGAGCAGGCUACCUGGCCGAGGUCCCUUCCGUCAGGCAGAUGCGUGAGAAUGGAGGUGGCGCCACCAUCGCCGAUGCCACAGUCAGCAUGGACCAGAUGGAUUGCGACGACGGUGUCUUGGUGCGCCAGCACGAUCUCGAGAGUGAGGAUGCCGCGCUGGACCCCAGCAUCAUCAUCGUGGAAGAGCUGGCCCGCCGUGCCGAGGCCAGAGGCAGCGACAUCAGGCUUGACACGUUCGAGGCGAUGCGGCCUGAUCUGUGGCCCAGGCGACCAGUCAGUGUGGCACGCUGGUCAUGGAAGGCCACCGCCGUCUGGGACUGGAAGCACCCGUCCCACAUCACGGACCUUGAGGUCGAGUUCAACACAGAGUCAGAGCAGCGCAGGAUCAGGCUACGCGUCGUCAGCUUCGGGCCGCGGUGG